ACGCUCAAGCGACUGAGCUACCCAGGCGCCCCUAAACGCUUUCUAUAUUUGAGGAAUUCUUUAUCUUAAGGGUCUUGGGGGGAAGUAGAAAUCUUCAAUUUUGAAAGCCAAAUUUGCUCACUUUCUCUGCAUCUUUUGGAGUUGGGACGUGGUCGUGUGACCUGGGGCCUCCAGGCCACUACCUCAGAAGCUAGUGAUUUUCAGAAGCAGACACUUUGUCAGAUCUGUGUCCCGCAUUGCAAGGGGAUGGCAGCUGCACCUGUUUCCCGGAGGUGGGCAGCGACAAAGAUUCAGCUGUAGCGUUUGGUUCCUGGUGUCACUGGCGUCUGUACUGGUUGCAGUGACUGAACCCUGUGUUGUCUCCACUGGACCAGAUCUGUGGUUUGAAUCUUGGGUGUUCUUCAUUAUGUAGCCUUCCAGUCUGGCCCUCCUGGGGUUUUUUGUGAGUUGCCUAAUAUGCUUUAAUAACUUCCUUUUCAGUUUCAGCAAAGCCAGAGUUAGUUUCUUUUGUUUGCAACUAAGAACCUUUACUUAGAUGAUGCUAAUUAAGGUAAUUGACAAUUCCAAGAAACUCCAGGGUCAGGGUUACUUGCAUCUAGAUUAGAAUUUAUUAGUGGGAAGAGUUCAUGUACAUUAAGUGAAAUAGUUACAUGCAGGCUGCUUAUUGAUUUAAUGAAUUUGCUGAUUCGAAUUUGCCUCUUCUAGGUAUUGGGGAUACAGGAGUGACAAGAUAGACAAGAUCCCUGCCCUCACAGAGCUUAAUUCUGUUGUGAAAAGUAGAGAAAGCAAGAGAGCAAAUAACCAUGGCAAAGAGUGCUAAAUGCCAUGAUAAAAAUAAAGUGUUAUAGUUUUGCUGCUGGACUCUUCCCUCCCUCCCCCCACCCCAUCAGGAUGAUAUGAGACUUGAAAGAAGACGAUGCAUACAGGAGGAGAGACUUCAGCAUGCAAACCUUCAUCUGUUCGGCUCGCACCGUCAUUUUCAUUCCAUGCUGCUGGCCUUCAGAUGGCUGGACAGAUGCCCCAUUCACAUCAGUACAGUGACCGUCGCCAGCCAAACAUAAGUGACCAACAGGUUUCUGCCUUAUCUUAUUCUGACCAGAUUCAGCAACCUCUCACUAACCAGGUGAUGCCUGAUAUUGUCAUGUUACAGAGGCGGAUGCCCCAAACCUUCCGUGAUCCAGCAACUGCUCCCCUGAGAAAACUUUCUGUUGACUUGAUCAAAACAUAUAAGCAUAUUAAUGAGGUUUACUAUGCAAAAAAGAAGCGAAGACACCAACAGGGCCAGGGAGACGAUUCUAGUCAUAAGAAGGAGCGGAAGGUUUACAAUGAUGGUUAUGAUGAUGAUAACUAUGAUUAUAUUGUAAAAAACGGAGAGAAGUGGAUGGAUCGUUACGAAAUUGACUCCUUGAUAGGCAAAGGUUCCUUUGGACAGGUUGUAAAAGCAUAUGAUCGUGUGGAGCAAGAAUGGGUUGCCAUUAAAAUAAUAAAGAACAAGAAGGCUUUUCUGAAUCAAGCCCAGAUAGAAGUGCGACUUCUUGAGCUCAUGAACAAACAUGACACUGAAAUGAAAUACUACAUAGUGCAUUUGAAGCGCCACUUUAUGUUUCGAAACCAUCUCUGUUUAGUUUUUGAAAUGCUGUCCUACAACCUCUAUGACUUGUUGAGGAACACCAAUUUUCGAGGUGUCUCUUUGAACCUAACACGAAAGUUUGCACAACAGAUGUGCACUGCACUGCUUUUCCUCGCGACUCCAGAACUUAGUAUCAUUCACUGUGACCUAAAACCUGAGAAUAUCCUUCUUUGUAACCCCAAACGCAGUGCAAUCAAGAUCGUUGACUUUGGCAGUUCCUGUCAGUUGGGGCAGAGGAUAUACCAGUAUAUUCAGAGUCGCUUUUAUCGGUCUCCAGAGGUGCUACUGGGAAUGCCUUAUGACCUUGCUAUCGACAUGUGGUCCCUUGGGUGUAUUUUGGUUGAAAUGCACACUGGAGAACCUCUGUUCAGUGGAGCCAAUGAGGUAGAUCAGAUGAAUAAAAUAGUGGAAGUUCUGAGUAUUCCACCUGCUCACAUUCUUGACCAAGCACCAAAAGCAAGAAAGUUCUUUGAGAAGUUGCCAGAUGGCACUUGGAACUUAAAGAAGACCAAAGAUGGAAAACGGGAGUAUAAACCACCAGGAACCCGUAAACUUCAUAAUAUUCUCGGAGUAGAAACAGGAGGACCUGGUGGGCGUCGUGCUGGGGAAUCGGGUCAUACCGUGGCUGACUACUUGAAGUUCAAAGACCUCAUUUUAAGGAUGCUUGAUUAUGACCCCAAAACUCGAAUUCAACCUUACUAUGCCCUGCAGCACAGUUUUUUCAAGAAGACAGCUGACGAAGGUACAAACACAAGUAACAGCGUGUCCACGAGUCCCGCGAUGGAGCAGUCACAGUCCUCCGGAACCACCUCCAGCACGUCCUCCAGCUCAGGUGGAUCGUCGGGGACGAGCAACAGUGGGAGAGCCAGGUCAGACCCGACGCACCAGCACCGGCACAGCGGCGGGCACUUCACAGCUGCCGUCCAGGCCAUGGACUGUGAGACUCACAGUCCCCAGGUGCGUCAGCAGUUUCCUGCUCCCCUUGGUUGGUCAGGCACUGAAGCUCCUACACAGGUUACUGUUGAAACUCAUCCCGUUCAAGAAACAACCUUUCAUGUAGCCCCUCAACAGAAUGCAUUGCAUCAUCACCAUGGAAAUAGUUCCCAUCACCACCACCACCACCACCACCACCACCACCACCACGGACAACAAGCCUUGGGUAACCGGACCAGGCCAAGGGUCUACAAUUCUCCAACGAAUAGCUCCUCUACCCAGGAUUCUAUGGAGGUUGGCCAUAGUCACCACUCCAUGACAUCCCUGUCUUCCUCAACUACUUCUUCGUCUACGUCCUCCUCCUCUACCGGUAAUCAAGGCAACCAGGCCUACCAGAAUCGCCCGGUGGCUGCUAACACCUUGGACUUUGGACAGAACGGAGCUAUGGACGUUAAUUUGACCGUCUACUCCAAUCCCCGCCAAGAGACUGGCCUAGCUGGACAUUCAGCGUACCAAUUUUCUGCUAAUACAGGUUCUACACAUUACAUGACUGAGGGACAUCUGACGAUGAGGCAAGGAGCUGACAGAGAAGAGUCCCCCAUGACAGGAGUUUGUGUGCAACAGAGUUCUGUAGCUAGCUCGUGACUAAAUUGAAACUUGAGUUUGUUUCUUGUGUGUUUUUAUAGAAGUGGUGUUUUUUUCCAAAAAACAAAGUGCAAAGCUGCUUGCAUCAGAAGGAGAUUAACACACUGAACCGCUACAAGAGGGCAAAGCUGACUUUUUUUCUUUUUCUUUUUUUCUUUUUUUUUUUUUUUUAACUUGAAAAGAUUGCAAAGGGACAAUGAAGUUUUUCAAAGAGCCAUGUCCACAAACCCGUCGUCACGGAGAGCGCAGAGGUGUCCUCUUUUCGCCUCCCCCAUUUUAACUUGCCACACCCCAGCCGUAGUGGGUUUUUUUUGUCUUUUCUGUUCCACAGAAGUUAAUGUUCAGAUGUUGGUCUUGGUCAUUUGCCAACUAAUUUUAAAAUAAAAAGGCACUGCACAUAAUUUGCAUAAAGGGCCCCACGAGGGUGUUUUUUUUCCUUUUUGUUUUUUCCUUUUUCCUCCCUUUACCCCCCUCCCCCCCCCGUUUGUUUUGUUUUGGGUGGGGGGUGGGAAAUUGGGGUUUUUAAGUCCUCUAAACACACUUGGGCACGGAAACGCAGUACUGUAAGGAAGAGGGACCUCCAGCUGACACAAACAUCACCUUCAGCUGUAUGGAAGGGACGGUUGUUUUGGAGUUUGUUUGUAAGGCACAGUGAGCAUGCUAAGUGGCGGGGAUCAGAACUCUCCUGUCUGAACCUACUGAGGAGCAAAGCAGCAAUUACAUGGGAUCCCGUGGGUCUCCUGUUGGAGAGGCCACGGUAGAUAGUAAUGGAACGUGACUGGUCUCCUAACCGAGGUGCACUGAGAAGCAAUCAACGGGUCAGUCGUGGCCAGUCCUGGGGAGGUCUGAGUGGUGGUCUUUGGGAUAACCUUUGGCCUUAUGGAUUUGGACUCGAAAUUAGAAGAGCCUACCAUUUCAGAUGCAAUCACUUUUGGACAUGCUUUUGCAGACAGUCCUUAAUGCUGAAAACACAGAGAAUGGGUAAUUCAAGAGGCCUUUCUUUUAAAAUAGACUUUUGUGACCCACUAAUUGUAAGGUAUUGCAAGGUCACUUUGCGUGUGUCAUAAAGUUGACUUCCUUAUUGGUUGAAGGUCACAGAAGUAGUGGUUUGCUUUGAUGGAAAUAGCUACAGCUGUGUCCCUUCCUGCUUUUUACUUUUUUUGUUUUUUUUUUUUUUUUGUUUUUGUUUUUUUUUGUUUCGUUUUUGCUUUUUUUCUCGGCACGUGGUAUCUCCACCAUUUCUUCUGCACAAAGAUGUCUUCUGUUCAUCCUGAACAUUUUAAAAAAAUGCAGAAUUUUAUGUGACUGCUUUUUUGCCUCACAAUUAUGCUGUGAAUUUUACAAAAAUUUAUUUUCUUUUUUGAUAAUUUAUUGUACCAAAGCUGUUUUUAUAGCACAUAGAUGUCUGUAACCAAUAAUGUAGCAGUCCUGCACUUUGACACAAGGUGUAACUAGACCAUUUUUAAAUGUCAGUUGAAAAUUAUGGCUGUACUAUUGCUUAAACAAAACUGGAACUGUUGUUGAAUCCAUAGCCAAUACAUCUACAGCAAUCUGUGUUCUGAACAUAAUAGAUUGACAUCUAAUUCAAGAUGACAGCAUCUGUUACAUUCUAAAUGUGUUCAGGCUUCCGAAGGUAAAGGGACACUGGAUCCAGAAGCUAUGGAACCAGCAGUCGAUUCUUGUAUUCCUGAUUAACCUACUUGUAAACUUGAAAGCAAGACCUUGAUUGCACCAACAGGUCCAAAAUAUGAGCACGAGUAAAGCAAAACUCUCAUGCGUGACCUGAAGUGAACAGGCUGGUGUUUAACAGGUGCCUAGUUUUGAGAUUAUGCUGCCUUAAUGUAACACAGUCUGGCAGUUGCUAAAUUUGUGUUCCCAUUUUAAAUUGACCAAUUUUAGGGUGUUAUACUUUUGAGCGGUUGAAUUGGGAGAAUGAAGAUAAGUAAUUUAUCUGUCCAGGAUCAAAAGAAGCCUAGGAAAGAAGCAGUAAUCUACCUCUGCCGAUAACCCUGUUCAAAACAACUCAGCAGAACACCACAUUACUUUCUAUUGGUCAAUUCCAUGUGGCUGACUAGGUCAAUUUUUUCUGAACAAAAAGCAGGUUUUUAUAUGUAAACAGUGACAAAAAGAAAGGCUUAAAACUAUGUGAAUGUGAAUGGAAACUUGGAAAUACCGUUUUUAUAAUCCACAAAAUUUUUUUGUUGUUAAUCAGGAAAUCCAUAUUUAUUUUGUAAUUAAAUGUCAAGCCUGUGGAUGAUUUUUGAACUUGGUAGUUCAUAAAAGUUUACAGUGAAUAAAAGGAUAUCAUCUUGAGUAUAGCAAUAUCAAAAGGAAUCAGUAGUUACUGCUGUUUAGGACUAUAAGGGGAAGAUAUUAUAUGGGUCAGGUCAUUUUUUUCUGUGCUGGUUGCCACAUCUUAGCAAGCACCAAAAACGAAAGCAGUUUUUAAACCGCUAUUUACAUAAAGGAAAUCAUAAAAUCCAAUGCUUCUGCAUACUGUGUUAUGUUACAGUCCAGUUUUGUGUGCUUUACUACACGGUUUGGUUACAGGACUUCUGUGCAUUGUAAAACAUAAACAGCAUGGAAAAGGUUAAAUACCUGUGUGCAGAUUGUAAGAUCUGGUCCGGACUUGCUGUGUAUAUUGUAACGUUAAAUGAAAAAGAACCCCCCUUUGUAUCAUAGUCAUGCGGUCUUAUGUAUGAUAAACAGUUGAAUAAUUUGUCCUCAGA